AGCGUGAAUCUGAUCUUUCUGAAGUAAUCUGUAGUGCCCGGCAUGAAGAUCGCAGUCGAAGGCUGCUGUCAUGGGGAGCUGGACAAGAUCUACGAGACGAUCGAGUACCUGGAGAAGAAGGAAGCGAUCAAAGUGGAUCUGCUGCUCUGCUGCGGAGACUUCCAGGCGGUGCGAAAUGAGGGAGACCUGAAGUGCAUGGCGGUACCUUCCAAGUACAGGACGAUGCAAACCUUUUACAAAUAUUACUCUGGGGAGAAGAAGGCUCCGGUGCUUACCAUUUUUAUCGGAGGGAACCACGAGGCUUCCAACCACCUGCAGGAGCUGGCCUACGGAGGCUGGGUUGCACCCAACAUAUAUUACCUGGGUUACGCCGGUGUUGUUCGCUACAAAGGGAUCCGGAUCGGUGGCCUGUCUGGAAUCUUCAAAUCCAACGACUUCAGAAAGGGUCACCAUGAAUUCCCGCCGUAUGAUCAGGAAACUCUUCGGAGCGUUUACCACAUCAGGAACAUCGAGGUGUUCAAACUCAAACAGGUUCAGAUGCCCAUCGACAUUUUCCUGAGCCAUGACUGGCCCAGAGGAAUCUACCACUAUGGAAAGACGGAGGAUUUGUUGCGUAAGAAGAGGUUUCUGCGCCACGAAGUGGAGACGAACACGCUGGGAAAUCCGGCUGCGGAGGAGUUGCUGGCUCAUCUCCAGCCCAGCUACUGGUUCUCUGCACAUCUCCAUGUAAAGUUUGCUGCUGUCAUGCAGCAUCCACCAAAGGGAAAUGCAGCCCCACGUGUCACUAAAUUCCUCUCUCUGGACAAGUGUCUCCCCUACAGAGAGUUCCUGCAGGUUGUAGAUGUUCCAGACAGACCAAGUUCAUCGGAGGGUCUGGAGUAUGAUCCAGAGUGGUUUGCUAUUCUAAAAGCCACCGACAGUUUGCAAAACACGACUCGUCAGCGCUGGAACCCCCCAGAGAACAACGGCCUGCAUGAACGGUGGGACUUCAGGGCCACCGAGGCGGAUAUAAUGCAGGUGGUGGAGGAUCUCAGCGGUGACCUGGGCGUUCCAGACAACUUCAGCCGCACCGUGCCUCCAUACGACCCCAGCCGCCCGCAGCCCGGCGCUCCCCCAAGCUACAACACCAACCCACAGACGACGGAGCUCUGCGCCAAGCUGGGCCUCACAGACAUCUACUCUAAGGCUGGGCAGCGAGGCGAUGACACGGGCAGGUCUCAGAGCCGCACCGGAGACGACGGCGACGAGGAGGAGGAAACUGAUGAACCCAGCGAGUAUCCCACUGAUACCUCUGGCUUGUCAAGUUCUUUUAACCCUGAUGAGAUCACCAUCGAGGACGAGUGGGAGGAGGAGGACGAAGAGGCCGGCGGCGAGUCAAAGGCGAAGGAGAAGCCAGACUCACCGUCUGCCAUCAAAACCCCAAAUCGGAUGGUUCUGCCUGAGCCCAUAUCAGGUGCCUCCCCCUCCCUCCGCACCUCCCUGAUGAACCUGCCUCCUCCCUCCCACUCCACCCCCAAAGCUGCUCCGGCUCAGUCGAACCCGGAUCACGAAGGACGGUGCGACGACGCCGAAGAGGUCGCUGCUGCUCACAUCCUGAAACGGAGCAGCAGCGAGAGCGCCGAGGCGGGCAGCCGAGGCGUGACUCCACGAAUCAAACGCAGGAACCAGGUCAUUUACCAGACCGCGGACGACGACGAGGGUUAGCGCUCUGCAAACCGGUGGUUCUUUUUAUGGUUUUUUUUAAACGAGGCCAUUUUAGAAAACAUUUGGAGUUAUUUUGUAUCGGACAUUUCUGAUUUAUAACAUGGAU